GGUAAUUUUCGAAGAUAGAUUCAUUUUUUAGGCUGUAGGACGCAUACGUGCGCGUGUUUGCGCGAAUUUUCAGCAAAAAAAGGGCAUAAGUAGGCGAUAGCUGCAUGGACUCAUUGCGUAGCAACGACUUAUUUACAAACAUGUCACUUUUUCAAAAUAUUUUGUAAGUGACGGUGUUUUCGGUUUUUUCGGGCCAAAAACGAGGGAAUUUCGACGUUUUCAAUAGCAAGAAGUGGAUAACAUAAUUAUUAAAGGUUUUUACUGGUUUUUGUAUCACCAUGAGUAGCGAAGAACGUGUAGUGGAAAACAUCAGCUCUGAUGAGCAAGAAGACGAAUUCAUUAGAGGCGUCCUGUCCGAAUUGGGAAUAAAUCCUUCUGUGAGUGAUUUUAGCCAACAAUUUCCAAGUGAAGAACAAAUGUCCAGCUCUGAUGAAGACUGGGACUUGGACACUUCGUACAAUCGCAGGAGAGAAAUCCAAUCCCUAACGAACCAUCGAUUGGAAAUAAUGGCAUACAUCUUCUACCACAAAGCCUUAGCCGAGGAAGUUGAAAACAUGGAACCUGUUGGCCUUGCGACCCCUAAAAAGGGAAUCUUGAAACGACCGGCAAGCAGGAAUGAAGAAAGUGUUUCCGAUUCAAAGAAGAGCAAGAGGGUUCAUUUUCCACCGGAAAAAGAGUUAGAAACUGUGAUGGAAAUUUCAAGUCCUGAUUCGUCAUCUAUGUCUUCAGAAAGUGAUUCGUCCUCGUCACCAACUAAACACAAAAAGGCUAAUUGUAAGACAAUCACAAGCGAGAUUCCAGUGUUCGACUAUCGCAUACGAACAAUUUUUGAUCGUAUGAAGGCCCUUUUUCACAGCGGAUUAGGAAGAUUUGGAUGGGACGUUGAAAUACUCCAGCCUUCUCUACGAUUAGACCCAGCCGCAACCUGUACCAAUCACUUCGCGCUCCAAGACAUUUUCUCCAAUGCCCGUGAAAUAUCCGACGACAACGACCUCAUCUUGUACAGAAACGAUAACUUUGACGAUUACGAAUCCGACAACGACAUUGACGAGUUUUUCAAGUACUACGAGACUUCGACGAUGGACGCGGCAAUACAAACUGGCAUUGACGAUUUAGCCGACGGGGACGAAGGUGGUUCCAGUUAAAAGGGACAGCGGUGUUAAAAAAAAUAUUGGUUUCGCUACUUUUUAUCUAAAUUCACUGUGAUGUAAUGUACACUUCUUAUUUUCUUAUUUUUUUCUUAA